AUGUACGACCUCAACUUGCCCACCGAGUUCGGUGCGGCCACCGUCCGCAUCGCCCUGCCGCCCUCGUCCCUCCUCAAAUUCCCUCCCACUGAGCUCCCCGAGGUUGUCCCGGCGCCGCAUGCGACGGAAUUCUCCUGGCAGCAGCCCUUCAACAUUCCCAAUGAUCUCUAUGCCCAGCUCCUUGAUGUGCGCGUGCCCAUCACCAUCGCCUCCGUCUACGCCAUCACUGUGGUGGUGAUCAAUCGCAUCAACAAGAGCCGCGGCUACAAGCCCUGGGGUUUUAGCCACUCUUCUCUCUUCAAACUGUUCGUGGUCCUGCACAAUGUCUUCCUUGCGGUCUACUCCGCCUGGACCUUUGCCGGCAUGUUCCGGGCCUUUGGAAACUCCUGGGCGGACCGCGAUCAGCCCAAUGGCCUGGUUGGGAUUGUGGACUCGCUGUGCAAGAUCAAUGGUCCUCGUGGCUACGGAAACGCGGCCACAUAUAGCCCCAUUACCGACCAAUGGUCUAUUCCCAACCCGGCUUAUAAGCUGGUCAACGGUCAGCCCGAUCCAUCGGAUGUUGGUCGUCUUUGGAACGGCGGUCUGGCUUACCUGGGCUGGAUCUUCUACCUGUCAAAAUUCUACGAAGUCGUGGACACCGCGAUUAUCCUGGCCAAGGGCAAGAAGAGCUCGACUUUGCAGACCUACCACCACGCCGGUGCCAUGAUGUGCAUGUGGGCCGGUAUUCGCUAUAUGGCGGCUCCCAUUUGGAUCUUCGCCCUCGUCAACUCUGGCAUUCACGCCAUGAUGUAUACCUACUACACCCUGACUGCUUUGCGCAUUCGCGUCCCCAACGCCAUCAAGCGUAGCUUGACCACCAUGCAGAUCACCCAGUUCGUUUUCGGCACCAACAUGGCCGCCGCCUACCUCUUCGUCCACUACACGAUCCCCUACCCCGUGGGAAGUGCUGCCCUGAGCCAACUCUCCAAGGCCGCUCCCGCUGCUGCCGCCACUGCGGCUGUCGACGCCGGCGUGGUGCCCUGGUUGAAGAAGCUGGCCUUCCGCGCCGCCGGUGCCGAGGGUAUCGCCGAGAACGUGGGCGGUGCCGUCGCUACUCCUCGCUCCGGAUACACCCAGGAGAUGGUGACUUGCGUGGACACCACUGGCCAAGCCUUCGCCAUCUGGCUGAAUGUUUCUUAUCUGCUUCCUCUCACUUAUCUCUUCGCCCGCUUCUUCGUGCGCUCCUACCUCAAGAGCAAGCCCUCUAAGCAGCCGACUCACAUGGAGGCUGCUGAGAAGGCCGGCAUGGAUGCGCUGAAGAGCCUGAGCCGCGAAAUUCAGAGGGCUGCCAUAGAGGGUGAGAACAGCGAGGUAACUACCGAUGAUGAGGUCGUUAAGGCCCACGUCCAGAAAAUCGCCGAGGUGACUGCCUCUCAGGAUUCACCCGUCCGGACGCGGGCCUCCGCCGCCAACAAGGCCAAGGCUGCCUCCGCUGCGAACAACCAGUCGGGAUCUGAUGAGGGUUUCUCGAAAGUGCCUGCGAAGAAGGGUGCCAAGAAGCAGGCCAAGUCGGAGCAGUCCAGUCCCAAUGUUCCUGAGACAAAGGGGCAGAACCCGUUCGGUGUCCUUGACCGUGGCGCUUGA